AUGGAGGCAAGAAUAGAGACCAUAGAGGAAACCCUACAUAUGUUGGUUCAGCACCUUACUGGAAGAGGCAAUCAACAAAGACAACCCCACCAUCCUAAUGAUGAUCAGGAAGAUAAAAUGAUAAGGAUAGACAUUAAGGACUUUGAUGGACAGUCCAGUAACCCUGAGGAAUAUUUGGAGUGGGAAGCAAGUAUGGAAAGAUAUUUUGAAUACAGAGGAACUACAUCUGAAGGACAGUACAAAAUGGCAAAGAUGAAACUCACCAAACUUGCUGCUAUGUGGCUGGAAGGGGUACAAAGGCAGAGGGUGAGGGAGCAUAGGGAAAGAAUUGAUACUUGGGAUAGACUAAAAAAGCACUUGAAUAGGAAGUAUGUCCCUAUCAAUUUCAAGCAUCAAAUGUAUAUUAAAUGGAGCACUCUUAGUCAAAAGGGUAGGAGUGUGAUUGAAUAUAUACAUGAAUGGGAGAAACUGGUGGUGAUAUGUGAUAUAGAAGAUGCAGAGGACUUGAAGCUGACUAAGUUCCUAUCUGGUUUGAGAGAAGAUAUCAGGGAUCAACUCAUGACCAUGCCUACAUUAGACCUACAAACAGCCUUCAACCUAGCCCCAAUUUAUGAGCAAAAUUAUAACAAGAGAAGGAUGACAGGAAACAACUACAACAGGUCUCUUAAAACCUACCCACCCAAACAAUCUAGACCUACAUCACCCAAGGCACAGAGGAAAACAGAGCCAAACCCUAAUACCCCUGGCAGGAUACCUGUACCUCUAAACAAGGUAGUGUGUUUUAAGUGUCAUGGCCAUGGACAUUACAAAAAGGACUGCCCCAACAUUAGAGUUUUCACUGCCCAAGAGUGGAAAGAGAUAAGGGAGGAUACCCAACCCAAGAUGAUGCUGGUGGUGAGAAAUGGUAGGGUGGAGGAAGAUUGGUCUCCAGUGGAAGAACAUGAACCAGAAGGAUCUUAUAGGGUUGAUGAUUUUGGAAAAAUGGUAAGGUAUGAACACAGUACUGAUGAGGAGGAGUUUGAAGAAGGACUGGAGAAGUUAUUGCCUGAGGAAGGUCACUACAACCUGAUCAUAAGGAGAAGCUUGCACACCACUUAUGUUGAGGAAGAAAGCAAUCAAAGAGAGAACAUUUUUCAAACCAAAUGUAAGAUAAAAGACCAAGUUUGUGAUAUGAUAAUUGAUGGAGGAAGCGAGUCUAACUGUGUUAGCUUGGCCUUAGUGACAGACCUAAACCUGAGAACUAGGCCUCAUGCACACCCAUACAAGCUGAAAUGGUUGGACAACAAAGCCUUUGGAUCAGUAAAUAAGCAAUGUCUGCUAGGGUUUACAAUAGGCUCAUAUAAGGAUCAAGUGUUAUGUGAUGUGCUGGAAAUGAAUGCCUGCCUUGUACUCUUGGGAAGACCAUGGCAAUAUGACAAAAGAAGCAUACACAAUGGGUUCACUAACACCUACACCAUAAAGCAUGAAGGAAAGUUUAAGGAGUUAGUUCCCCUGCCUCCCCACAGAACCAUUCCCCCACCUAUGAAGGAACCUGUACACUUAAUUAGUAGAAAGGUGUGUGAAAAGGAAAUCAAGAACAUGAAUGAGGUUUAUGUCUUAAUUACGAAGGAGGUAGAGCAAACAAUAGAGAUACCCCCUGAAGUGAAACCUCUACUGCAGCAGUACAAGGAUGUAUUCCCUGAUGAAUUACCUAAGGGUUUGCCUCCUGUAAGGGGUAUUGAACACCAGAUAGAUCUCAUACCAAGAGCCCCUCUACCCUAUAAACCAGCCUAUAGAGCCAAUCCCACAAAAACAAAGGAACUACAGAGACAAGUGGAGGAGUUAUUACAAAGAGGAUAUGUAAGAGAAAGCCUCAGUCCAUGUGCAGUACCUACUCUGCUUGUGCCAAAAAAGAAUGGGACAUGA